CUGUUAAUUUUAAAAAUUCGACGAAAUCGGACGUGAACCGGGUGUCGCGCGUUUAUUCACCGAUUUUCACCGCGUUUUCCGUCGAUUUCCUACAAUACACGAACUUUUUGCACCGCCGCGGUCGCCGUUUGACCUGUAGAAACGAGUGCGAGUGCGAUAGAAAAACCACUAACUAACUAACUAAAUUUGUGAAAAUAAACAAAAAUUAUAAAUCAAUUGCCAAUGUGACCAGUGAAAAAAGAGAUCCAAAAAAUAAAUUACAACAAAAUUGACAACUCUUGCAGAUGCCGCAUCUGCCGUAUUAAGUUUUUCUCAGUUUCCCGUAUCUUUCAGUCCCGGUUUUAAUUUGCAGUUCCAGUUUCGCGCUCGGUUUUCUGGCUUUUCCUGCAUUUUCUUUUUCGUUCCCUUCGUUCCGUUUUUCGCAUCGCGGUUUGUUAUUGUCAACUCUCGUUUUCGUGCGGUUUUUCGCGGCUUUUCUAACGGCGAAUGGAUAAGGAAACUGGCCUGGAUUUCCAAUAGUUAUUUAAUACUCAACGUUUUCCGAAGGAAAAAAUUCGAGGCCGGCAAGGAAAAUGGAUUAACAACAAAGCUUUUAAUCAAAGGAUUUGAGAACAACAGGCGCCACAACAACACAAAUACUUUGGAAGAUCUUUGAACAACUUACAAAAUAAAAACCCCCUUUCGGCCCACAAUCAAAAUUAAACGCCAAAAACCCACAAACAAAACAAAAGCAUAAAAUGAAUUAAGCUAAACACACAACUUAUAUGAAAUAUAAAAUAUUAUUACUAUUAAAGCCAAUAACAAAUAGCGCGCUAAUGUUUAAUUAAUUGUUAAGUCCAGAACCCAAACAAACAAACAAACGGAAGACAAAGAUUUUUAAGCCUACGCAUUAAGUACAAUUUACUAGAAAUAAAUAAAUAAAUACUUAAAUUAUUUUUAUAUCCGACGACAUAUUUAACAAAGCAAAUUCAAUUGAGAAACGAAGCAAAAACCAGAGUACAAAAACUUAAUCAAUUUACAAACAACAACAACAAGCAAGCAUCAAAUAUUAUCAACAACAAACAACAAGUAAUUAAUAAAGUAAAUACAACAAGAACAACAACGCAUACAAAAUACAAAUUUUAUAAAUUACAAAUUUACAAAGAUUUUUUAAAAACAUAAAAAAAAAGUCUGCUACAAAUAAAAAUCAAAAUAUCAAAAUACAAAUUUUUGCCUAGCUGCCGUUUUACAAACAAACAAAAGAAUAAAGUACAAAACAACCAACAACAACCAAUCUUAACAAAAAAAUUUUUAAACAAUACAAUUUAAUAAAAGCACUUUACAAAAGAAAAAAGGCACACCAUAUAACAAGUAAUAAUAUUCAACUUUGCAUUAAAACACGCAAAACCAGUGAGUUCAAAAAAUAAACGAAAUACAAAUCUUGGAGUAGCUUCAACGUAUAUAAAUAGUAUACAAAUAUAUUAUACGGAUAUAAUCAGAGUGUUUUAUACUAGCCAAAAAAUCAGAAAACCGCCAGUUAAAUCAGAAACAUUUUGAAAAGAAGAACACUACCUCACAGAGCAGAGAAAUAAAACGAAAAGUCAGCCGAAUGUGUACAAAAAUAUAACGAAUAUUUAAAUCAGUACAAAGCCCCGCAGUUUUCAAAGACAACUGCAUAGCCAUGCCAGUGUUUGAGCUUAAAUGGCGUCUUCAAUUUUAGCCCAGAGCAGCACAGGUGCUACCGUCGACAGCAGCAGUUUGGGAGCAACUGCAGCAGCAACAGCAGCAGCAACAUCUGUGGAGGCCACCGUAUCCUCGCUGCACAACACCCACUUGAAUCAGCUGAGCAGCCUCAGUCAGCACUACACCACCGCGUACCAUCAUCCGCAUCCGCAUCCGCAUCACCACUACCAGCAACACUAUCCCCAGCAGCAACACCUCCAGCAGCAGCAGCAGCAGCAACAUCAGCAGCAGCAGCAACAUCAGCAACAGCAGCAGCAGCACUGGGACUACUAUGCCAGGCAACAGCAGCAGCAGCAACAUCAUCAACAGCAGCAGCAGCAACAGCCAGCGGCCGCCACCAGCAACACCAACGGCAACAGCAGCAGCAGCAGCAGCAACACCAACGACAACUGCAGCAGCAACAGCAACAACACCACGGUUCCAGCGCCCUUGGGCAGCAGCAACAGCAGCAGCAAUCAUGCUAAUGCUGCAACCGGUGGCAACCCUGGCCAGCGGCAACACGGCGAUGCCAAUGCCAAUGCCAUUUCCGCCGCCUCCACCGCAGUAGGAAAUCCGGGUAAUCCGGGUAAUAACACAACUAGUAACGCCAACGCCAACGCCAACUCGAAUUCGAACUCCAAUUCCAAUUCGAACGGCAGCUAUACGCGUCCGUGGGAAAUGGAGUCCAAGGACAAUGGUCCACAACCCCAGGCGCAACCCAAUCAUCUGCAGCAGCUAAAGAGCGGCUUUGAACCCUUCUCCAAGUUGCCCUCGUUUCAGAGCCAGUUUCAUGGCUUCAAUGAGCAAUUACUACCAGACGGUACACCCAUGCCAGUGCCCCUAGUACCGCCGCCUGGAUCGGCAGCCUCAGCUCCUCCGGGUUCAGUAUCCGGCUCCGUAGGACCAAAUUCAGUAUCCGGCUCGGUAGGACCAAAUUCAGUCGCCGGCGUUGUGGGCCCUACAGCCAUGAGUUCCCUGCAAACGGUGGCCAUGUCGCCGGCUAGCAUAUCGGUUAGUUCGCCGGGCAUGAUGAGCGUGGGUUCACCUUUGACCCAGCUAUCGAGUCUGCAGACCAGCAUCACACCACCCUCCGCGGGCAGUUUUCCGGCGCCACCGCCGCCGAAUGCGUUUGCCCAUGCCCACCACGCCCUCAAUCCGCACCAUCAUCAUCAUCGAGGAGCCACCGGCUAUCCCACACCCUAUGCGGAGCUACCACUCUAUCCGGGAUUCACCCCGUUGAGUGUCAAGAAGGAACCAGGAUCGGGAACAGCCAGCGACUUCGAGAUGCUGCUCAAGAAGGAGGACUUUGAUCUCAGCAACAGCGGCGGAUUGAUCCACCAUCCGCUGCAGCACGGCCAGCCGCAUCCCAUACCGAUGGGCAUGCACACGCCCACUUCGUACGAUGGUAACAACAGCAACAACAGCUAUCCGCAGGCGGCUGGCAGUGGGAGUGGCAGCCAUACGCCGCACACGACCAGCGCCCAACAGCAACAGCAACCCACGCCCACUACCACCACGCCCGUGAAGGUCGAGAAGCUGCUGCAAUCGCCCAUCGCCCGGUUGGAGGCCCGGAAGAAGGAGCGCCGGAAACAGCGGCCCAAUUCGCUGGAGUCCAGUGCCGAGAGCGAGGCCAGCGGCAUGGACGUAGACCCCAGCAAUCCUGGCCAAGUGGACGCCGUCUCUAGCACGGCCAACUUCAAGAGUCCCCUGAGUGCCCUGGGCAUGGGGGAUAGCAACGAUGCCAAUGCCAGCGGGUGCGACAAGCAGGACUACGGUCGUCGCCACCAUCUUCCGCCACCCACACUGCCACUGCCCACCAUCACACCCACCACCCACAACCACAACCACCACCCACACCAGCACCCACACCACCACAACAACCACAACCACUCCAACGACAACAACUCCUCUUCCUGCUCUCUCUUUCAGUCGAAGAAGAAGCGCAAGCGGUGCGGCGAAUGCGUGGGCUGCCAGCGCAAGGACAAUUGCGGCGAGUGCGCUCCUUGCAGGAACGACAAGAGCCACCAGAUCUGCAAGCAACGCCGCUGCGAGAAGCUCACCGAGAAGAAGGAACCCAAAGCCAAAACCAUGGUCUUCGGAGCCGAUGGUCAGCCCGUUCGACCCGAAUCGAAACGCGGCCGGGGCAAAGGAAAGUCCGCCAACUCCGGAAACGGAUCGGUUAACGCCACAGGUAUCGCCGCCGGCAAUGGAACACCAACAACUGGGUCACGCGCCCGCAAAAACUCCACCAAAGCAAACAAACUGAAUGCAGCCGCUGCAUCAGCAACAUCGCCUCGUCUAAGUCCAGUGCCGGCAGCAACACUGUUGCCGCAGCAAUCGCCAAAUACCACAGCAGCAACAGGCAACCUGCAGCAGCAGCAGCAACAACAGCAGCAACAAUACCAGCAGCAUCAGCAACUUUUGUCGCAGCAACAGCAGCAACUCCUGUCGCAGCAGCAGCAACACCAAUAUCAGCAGCCGCAGCAGCAACAGCAGCACUUCCAGCAGCAACAGCACUUGCAGCAGCAGCAACAGCACGCACAGCAGCAACAUUUGCCACAGCAGCAACAUCAGAUAACCGCACAAAUCCAAACCAUGAAGGAUCAACCGCAGCAACCCAUGGCACCCAUGGCCUUCUAUCCCACAUGGCAGGCGGAUCCGUCGCAGGGCUGGCAGAACCAGUUCAUACAGCAGAUACCACAGAACACACCGGCCAUAACGUCCCUGAAUUCGCUGGACUUCCAGACGCAGUCGUAUGCGUAUCCCUCGAACGGCUAUGUGCAGUCGGGCCUGGGGUUCGAUCCCAACUAUGGCCGAUCGCCAUAUGCGGCGCCAGUGCAGCGCUACGAUUUCCAGAGUCAGCAGUUGUCCUCGGCUCCGUCGGCCAUCAAUCAGGUGGGUCUGCAGGGGUUUGCUCCCAGUUACGCCACCCCAGUGCCGCCCUCGCAGCAGCAGCAACAGCAGCAGCAGCAGCAGCAACAGCAGCAGCAGCAACAGCAACAGCAGCAACAUUUGGGAGCGGAUUUGAAUAAGACGAUGUCGUCGGGAAACGACACGCCUGGAUAUCCGCGGGUGAGCAGCGUGCCGCCGCGCUCACUCAACUGUAACGGGUAUUCAGGCGAUUACAGCGGUUCCCCAACCACCAACAGCAGCAAUAGCAACAACAACAGCAACAACAACAACAACAGUAGCAGCAACAACACCAGCAACAACACUAGCAACAGCAAUCCCCCCACAGUGGUAAGUGGUGGCACCACCACCCCAGCACCACCGCCCGCUGUGGUGGCUCAGCCAGCCUCUUCGCCCAUGCAACCACCCAACCAGGCGGUGCCGCAGUCGCCCACGCGCAGCAACAUGUUGCAGGUGCAGCAACAGCAGCAGCAACAUCAGUCGCCCACGGGCAAUGGCCUGCAGCCCUAUGUGGCACCCCAGCAGCAGCAUCUCGCCUCGCCACCCAUGCAGGAUUGGAACUGGCAGCAGCAGCAACAGCAGCAACAACAGCAGCAGCAGCAGCAACAGCAGCAAUCUCUGGCUGCUGAGGGCUAUCCGCAGGGUGAAAGACUACACCUAAACACCCGCAUCAAGUCCAUGAUUAUGCGCAAAAGUGAUCCCAAGGAUCCGCCGCCUGACUUGCAGCAACAGCAGCAGCAGCAACAGCCGCAACAGCAGCAACAACCGGCGGUGCAGCAACAACAGACCGGUCAUUUUUUAUCGUAUAGCCACCAUCUCCGGCCCGAAGCGGCGCUGAGCGCCAACGGACCGAGCAGUGCCACGCCCACCCACGCAAUGCCGCCCAGCCUGCAGCAGCAGCAGCAGCAACAAGUGCAGCAGCAGCAGCAGGUGCAGCAACAACAACAGCAGCAGCAACAGGCAGUUGUUGGUGGGACAGUUUCUGCCGAGCCGAUCGGAGGUGGUGGCGAUCACAUCUGGAAGCCACACCAUGCCAACUCAUUCAAGAAGCCCAGCGUGGUUAGUGGCUACCCAGCCGGACAGGAUGCCCAGUUGCAGCUGCAGUUGCAGCAACACCAGCCAGGCCAACACACGACCAUCAGUCAUUCGGUGGAGCCACCAGUGGUGGUCUCUGCUCCGCCCAUUCCGGUGGCCACGCAACCCAAGAAGUCCCGGAGUCGCAGCAAAGCCAGCAGAGCAGCGGCAGCAGCAGCAGCAGAAGCAGCAGCGGAAAUCGAUAGGGAUCGGAACUCCACAGAUCCCGGAGGCGGUGGUGGCCUGAUGAAGCCCCUCAGUGCCGCCCACUAUCCCCACCCGCAUCCGCACGGAGGAGCACCCAAUCAGGACUACCACACGCAGUACAUUAAAACCGAACCGGGUCUCCUCGGACCCCCGCAGCCCAAUAAAAUGGAGGGUUACGAGCGCAACUACCAGAAUUUCAUUCAGUACGCAGACUUUUGCCAAAACGAUGGUCAGGGUCAGCCGGUGCAACAACAUCAUGGUCAUGGGCAGCAGGACUACGCCGGCUAUCAUCACAAUUCAGCUUACUACGGCGCAGGAGCAAGUAGUUUUCAGCAGAAUUUCCAGCAGAAUUUUGUUCCCGGAUAUCAGCACUCCACUUAUGGAGGCAGAGGGAAGCCGCCCGCCAAUCCAAGCCAUCAAAUCCAUGGUCAUGGUCAGAGUUUGAUGGAAUUGGACAGGAAACCGGACACACAGAGCAUUAUACCACUGCCCACGAACUACGAGAAGGAUAUACCCGCCUAUCCCAUUCCGCCGCAUCGAUAUGCGCUGGGACAUGGAGCUCCGCCGCCGCACUUGAGUCACCACGGGAUGCUGGAGCCCAAGAUCGAGGACAUGGGAAUGCUGGGACAUGGCGGGGGCUAUGCCUAUCUGGGCGGUGAGGGAAAACCGCUGAACAACGGCUUUUCCUGCUGCCGACAGGGGGGAACUCGACCGCCCACGGCAGAGCACUUAAAGGAUGGCACCUGCCUGGGAUUGGGCAUUCAGCCCAAGGAGGAACUCAUCGACGAGGACGAGCUCAUCGACACCCAUGGCAAUGGGCUGAAGCCCAUUGUGGGCGUGGGCAAGGCCAAGGGUAAGCAGAAGCCCGACGAGAUACCCGAAAUCGUGGUGAAGCACGAGAAGAUCAACCCCAUGUUCGACACCACGGAUCGACUGGAGAAGGGCAACAAGACCGAGAUUCCAGAGUGCGAGUGCUUCCAGUCCGACAAGAAUCCUCCGGAGCCGGGCACUUACUACACGCAUCUGGGCACGGCAUCCUCCCUAAUGGAAUUACGAAGAGAAUUCGAGGAGCGUUGCAAUCUCACGGGUCGCCAGUUGAGGAUCGAGAAGAUUGUGUACACGGGAAAGGAGGGCAAGACUUCCCAGGGAUGUCCAGUGGCCAAGUGGGUCAUCCGAAGAGCUGAUCUCGAAGAGAAGAUUCUGGUGGUGGUCAAAAAGCGACCAGGACACAGAUGCAUAGCUGCCUACAUUGUGGUGUGCAUGGUGGCUUGGGAUGGAAUGCCUCGUUUGGAGGCGGAUAAUGCCUACAAGAAUCUGAUCCCGAAGCUCAACAAAUACGGCCUGCCCACCACGCGAAGAUGUGCCACCAAUGAGAAUCGCACCUGUGCCUGUCAAGGACUCGAUCCGGAAUCCUCUGGUGCCUCGUACUCCUUCGGCUGCUCCUGGUCGAUGUACUACAACGGCUGCAAGUACGCCCGCUCCAAGACGGUGAGGAAGUUCCGGCUGUCGGUGAAAAGCGAGGAGGCUGCCAUCGAGGAUCACAUGAACCUGAUUGCCACCCUGCUGGCACCGGUCUUCAAGCAAGUGUGUCCGCGGUCCUACGACAAUCAGACGAAGUACGAGCACGAGGCCAGCGAUUGCCGGCUGGGCCUGGAGCCCGGGAAACCCUUUUCCGGGGUGACUGCCUGCCUGGACUUCUGCGCCCACUCGCACAGGGAUCUGCACAACAUGCAGGACGGCUGCACGGUGCAUGUGGCUCUUCUGAAGCCCGGCAAUCGGGACACCCGCCUUCCGGACGACGAACAGUUCCACGUCCUGCCCCUGUACACGAUGGACGGCACCGACGAGUUCGAGAGUGUCGAGGGCCAGCGGGACAAGCACCGCACCGGGGCGGUGCAAAUGCUGGACAAAUUCCCCUGCGAAGUACGCGUGCGAUCGACCCCGUUGAUACCCUGCAGAAGGCAUGGCAAAAAGCGGAAGGAGGGCGACGAGGCGGCGCCACCCGAUGGAGACCAGGAUGCGGUGGGCGAUGCCAAUAGUCAGAGCAGCUCCAGCAAUGGUGGUGCUCCCACGCAGGGCAACAACAGCAACCAGCAGAGUAGUCCACCAGCCUUGGGUUCGGCCAAUCACAUCAAGAAGGAGAACGGUGUGGCCGCCAACGGAGGAGGAGGAGGAGGAGGAGGAGGAGCGGGAUCAGCCAAGUCCAAGGGCAAGGGCAAGUCCAAUCAGUCCAAUAACUCCAGUGCUUCCACGCCGGGAUCAGCUCCGCCUUCGACUCCCUCGCCGCGAUGCCAAACGCCUGUGACGAACAAUCCCAGUCCGGCGGGCAGUGCUUUCAGCACCCCACCCGUCCAUGGCAGCAAUCCCAAUCCUGCCCAGAGCAAUGGUCAGACCAGCACGGGCAAUCAGCCUGGCCAGCUAAUGAGCUCCAACUCCAGCCUGAUGAACAUGGCCACCAUGAUAGACACGUUCACCGAUGCCCAGCUGCAGUCCAAUCAGAUCUCAAGCACUGUCUUGGAUUCCCCGUACUCCUAUGACUAUCAGACGGGUUCGUAUAUCGACUCCCGGAACUACUAUGGCCAGUGGCCCACGCCUCAUGCUCCCAUGGGCAUGCAGGUGGGCGGAGGGGCUGGAGCUGGAGGUCCUGGAAAUCCUGGAGCAGCUGUUCCGGGAGUAGGUCCACCCUUGACACCCACCACGCCCACGGCUCAGCCGCAAUUGGCCACACCCACUGCUCUGCCAGGCGGCGGAGGAGCGCCGGUUGCAGCUGCACUGCCAGCUGCUGCUGCUCCGCCUGCUGCUGCUGCUGCUGCUGCCAUCACAGCCAAUGCUCAGCUGGAGACGAGUAAUGGCUAUGGCACGGGUAGCUAUCAAACGCUGGUCUCCAAUCCCGCCUCGAAUCUGGUCAAUCCGGGCGGAGGAGUGGCACCACCUGCCGAAGUACAGCACUUACAACAGCAACAGCAGAAUCCGCAGCAGCAACAGGGUUCGCUAAUACCCAGCCUAGUGGGUGGCCCACCUGGUGGUGACCUCAAGAGCAGACUGGUCAGUGGCGAGGAGAAUCCCGAUUCAACCACCCUAGUGAACCACCAUCACCAUCAUCAUCAGCAUCACAAUCUGACGGAGAGCAAGUUGACUGCCCUGACUUCCAUGCAACCGAUGACGAACCUGGCCCAACUGACCACCUCGCAUCAUCCGCCGCAUCAGGAGGGAUUCGUGAAGCCGAAGCCACCACAUCAGCCCAGUGACUACACGGCCCAGUACACGGCUCAGUAUCCGAAUAACUACCAGAUGUAUCCACCGCCGCCGCCACCGCCACACUCGGCCUACUCCGCCUACGAUGCCUACCAGAACAUGAACUACAACUAUGGUUAUCAUCAGGCGUACUCACCCUACGGCAUGUAUCCCCAGCAGACUCCGCCGCCCACGCCUCCGCCGCCCUCGCCCAACUGGAAUAUGUAUGGUCAUCACCAGACGACGGGCGCUGUGAACUCCGGCUAUGGCGGAGUGGCCAAUCCUGCGGUUUUGGCCAGUCCAGCGGGUGUGAGCCUCCAGAAGCCCAUAGUGCAGCAUCAGCAGGUGCAACAGCAGGUGCAACAGCAAGUGCAACAGCAGGUGCAACAGCAGGUGCAACAACAGCAACAACAACAACAGGAACCUCCACAAACCAUCCUGCCAGAGCUGAGCAAUGGCCAAACCACCGCCGAAACAGUGGCCACGCCCACGCCAGCUGGAGAAACGCCUCCCAGCAAUGAUGCUGUAACGUUGCAGCCAGGAAAUCCAGUAAAUCCAGGUAAUCCUGGCAAUCCAACCGCUGCCACACCAGCUCCCUCGCCGGGCAGCACAAAUUCCAGCAAAAUCGAACCCAUUGGCGAGGUGGCCGAGAUCAACGAGAAUAUCGAGGCCUUCCAGGAUCCACAGAUGGGGGGCGUGGCCAUUGCCCUGAACCAUGGCAGUGUCUUGAUCGAAUGUGCCAAACAUGAAAUGCAUGCCACGACGGCAGUGCGAAGACCAGAUCGUCAUCAUCCCACCAGGAUGACGCUGAUCUUCUACCAGCAUCGCAAUCUCAAUCGAUGUCGACAUGGCAUCGACGAGUGGGAGGAGAAGAUGCGGGUGAAGAAGAUCAACACGGAUCUGGACAACAAAGCCAAAGAGGAACGCGAGCGUUUGAUUAAGAAGGCAGCUGGCGAGGAUCUGGACGAGCUGGAUGAGGAUGGACUCAUGCAGGACGAGCCCAUGGCAGUGCCGGUGAAGAAAGAAACCUCCAAUGGCGGACAAACGCUGAAGAACGGAGCCAGUGGCAGUAAAAAGAAGAAAAGUAGCGCCGCCGCUGAGGCAAAGAAAAACCUGCAAAAUAACAGCGAGCAGUCAAAAAACGAGAAGGUUGCCCUCCAUGCACCAACACUGACGACCACGUCGUGGACGACCCUGUUCCCCAUGCAUCCGUGCGUGGUUUCGGGGAAAUAUCCGGAGGGCAAUAGCAGUCCGACCUCGUCCACGAACAACGCGCCUGGUGGCUGCCCCCCAUCGCAGUUGCCCCCGGCACCGCCUCCUGGCAGUGGGCUCCUCCCUCCGCCCACGGCCACGCCCACUGGCACCGCAGCAGCAGCAACACAGCCACCCACUCCGCAUCAGCCGCAUCAGCCGCAUCAGCAGCAGCAGCAGCAGACCUGAAUCUCUUCAGGCUGAGGGGUUACUACUGGUAGUCCCUAAUCUUAAGCAUCCACACAAAGCAGCCCUGUUCCAAAAAUUUAAUAUCGAUAGGAUUAGGCGGUUUGGAUAACAAAAAAAACUGAAUAUAACAAGAUAAUAUUUUUCAAGUAUAAGAAAUUGAAAUGGCUUAGAAAACAUUCAGAAAAGUCUCCAAAAAUUUUAAAAGAAAUUGAAAAUGGUUUUAAGACUAUUUAAAGAAAUAUAUAAAAUAAAGUCAUACAAUUUUCGAAAAAUUAUAAAAAGUUGAAGAAAUUUAAAAUUGAAUUGAGUUAUGCAGAAUAUUUAAAGAAUAAUUUAAAAUAUAUUCGAAAAAGUUUUGGAAAUUUAAAAAAACCACUUGAAUUCCUGGCUAGCCUUACAAUUUGUAAGCCACAGUUUGAAACAUUAAUGAAACGCAUAAUAUAAUGAAACUUUUUCAAAAAGCUAGAUUUGAAACCAAAAAAAAAAUUAUGACUAUUUUAGCGCUACGCAUUAUUUUCAAAUUCAAAAUGUUACAACUCAAAAUUUAGAUGGUUAUUUUGGGAAAGCAAAACUUCAACAGAUUCAAAAAAUUCAUUCACAGUCAAUUUUGUUUGAAAGCAUAAAUUUAAAGUUUUCCACCAACCGCCAAAAUAAAUCGAAAUGAAAUGAAAGAACAGGGCUUUAUGACUGAAUAUUCACUCAAAGCAAAAAAAAAGAAACACGGAGACAAAAGAAUUAAUUAUUUUUGUAAAUGCGUCUGAUUUUGUGUGCCAUAGGAGGAGAGUAGGAAAAGUCCGCCGAAAAGGAGUUGCAGUUCAAAAAAGUACAGUUGACGCUGCCAGGCCAGAGUUGUCACCAUUCCACAAAAACACAGAAAAACAAAAACAAAAAAACAAGUAAAUCCCAGAUACUACAUACAUCACUCAGCAAAAAUCACACAAAAAUAACAAGUUUCUAAACUGAUAAAGCAGCUAGUUUAAAAUCAACUAUUAACUUUAGUUUCUUAAGAGCCAGCAACAAAACAAUUUCUGUUAAAUGAGUUAUUUUUUAAAGACAAGCAAAAAACAAACUACAGAGGAGCCGCAAAAACGAAUACUACUAAAACCAAAACUAAAUAAAGAAAUUUUUGCUUGAAAACAAAAAAGUCAUAUUAAGAGUUAGUGGAAGUUGAAAAAAAGAAAGAUCAUUGCCAAAAGUACAAAUAAACCAUUUUUUAACAAGCAACUAGAAAAACGUAAAGAAUUUCGCAAGACAACAAAAGAAAAUAGUUGGUAACAAAGAAAAACAGUUUUUACGAAAGAACUACACUACACUACAAGAGUUUUAAAUUAAGUUAAAUACCUUUUGUUUUCACACAAUUUGACUGUCCUUUGGGAUUGGCUCGAAACUGAGUGGCAGUGCCAAACGAAUUUAAAUUGUAUAAAAUGAACAAAUGAGAAAUUUCUCUCUUUAAGAAGAGGUUGAAAAUGAUUUUUACACUGAAAGAAAUUUCUCAGUUGCUUAGCUGAUUUACCGUUAAACCAAACCACAGGCAAAACAGUUGAAAAUGGUGCGAGCAGGACAACUAUAACUAACUAGAGAAGAAUUGAAUAUUUUUGAGCAAGUGAGAAAGAGACAAACAGAGCGGCACACGCUCGGUGAGAAAGAGAUAAACCGAUGGAAAUGUAAGGCAGCAAGACAUUUUUAAACUUUAAUCAUAAUUUAAACUAAGUUUAAGCAACACACACACACAGACACACAGACAAACACAUGCAACACAAAACGAAAGUUAUAUAUUAUAUUAUUUAUGCGCAAAUCGACGGCAAAUAAGGGGUUAAUUCUAGUUAUUAUUAUUUCUGCAAGAUUUAGUUUGAAAAACCCAAAAAGACUCGAAACCAAUCAAGUAUUAAGCACUAAACAACCAACAACUAAUACUAAACUUAUUUGCCUAACCAUUUGUAAUUGUUGUAUAAAACUCAAUUAAUAAUUUGCAUCCAUCCAAAAGGUAAAAUAAAAAUUAAAGAUUAGAAUGCAAAAUGUGGCAGCGCAACUGAAUUUCAAAUCAAAUUAGUCUACAUAUAAAUAUAUUUUGCACAAAACGAAACAAAAACAAAACAAAAACAAAAAUUAAAGGAAAGGAAAGGAUAAGCAAAAAACGGUUAUAUUGAUAAUACGAUUUUUAAUUUGACGAUUGUACGUAAUGUAAUGUAAAUGUAAGGCAGCGAAGAAGACUUUUGAGCAACAAGAAAAAACAUGUUUUGAUAAAUAUUUAAAUGUUUAUAUAAAUAUAUAUAUAUAUAUUAAUAUAACUUAUGAUAAUUGAUAAUUGAUUAACUGAUUACGCAAGCCAACAACUAUUAUAGUUUGUAAAUGCUUUUUUAUCAUUUUCAAAUAAAAGCAAAUCCUUUGCCAUUAUUAAGUUACACAAACAAAAAUCACCCCAAAAUCGACUUUUGAGUUUCGCGGGGCGUCCGGCGGUGCACCUUAUAUAUAAACUAUACGUAUUGGCAUAUGAUAAAGCAAAAACAAAACAAAACAAAACCAAUUAACACUGAAAGCAGCAUAAGUAAUAAGCGGAAAACAGAUUUAGAAAUCAGAAAUGAGAAUAUAGCACCUGAUCACAGCGAUUAUUCAGGUGCUAAAUCAGCGAGAGAUACGAUAUAGCGAUGAUACAUACAUAUUGUACUUGUAAAACGAUACACACAAAAAAACCGAGAACGUAUAUACAGAUUGUGAAGCACGAGAUGGAUGGAUGAGAAAAAAAACAUAAAUUAUAUUUAUUUAAAGUACGCGCAUGGAAAGCAAACAGAUAUUAAUAUUAAAUAAAACGAAAACAAAGUUAAAA